AGCUACAUCUUUUUGAUGGAGAUGCUUCUGAAAUGGGUAGCUUAUGGAUUGCACAGUUACUUCACAAAUUCCUGGUGUUUGCUUGACUUUGUCCUUGUGUGUCUGUCAUUUGUUUCCUGGGGACUAAGUCAUGAUCCCAAAGAUGUAUCACUUUGUUCCUCUGGAAGUGGCCUGAAAUCUCUCAGGACUCUCAAAGCAUUGAGGCCUCUACGAGCUUUGUCAAGAUUUGAAGGGAUAAAGGUUGUUGUUGAUGCACUCCUUGGAGCUAUCCCCUCAAUCUUCAAUGUUCUGCUCGUCUGUGUUGUCAUUUGGUUCCUAUUUAAUAUUCUAGGAGUAAAAUGGCUUGGGAAAAGAUUUUCAAAAUGCAUACUCCAGGAAGGAGAUAUCAGUGCCAUUAAUAACAAAAGUGAUUGUGACUCUUAUGGUGGAAAUUGGACAAAUUAUCCUGUAAACUUUGAUAAUGUUGGGAUGGGAUACUUGGCUCUGCUCCAAGUGGCAACUUUUAAAGGUUGGAUGGAUAUUAUGUAUGCAGCGGUGGAUUCACGUCAGAUCAAUGAACAGCCAAAGUUUGAAGCAAGCUUAUAUAUGUACAUAUACUUUGUGGUUUUCAUUAUUUUUGGAUCUUUCUUCAUGCUGAACCUUUUUAUUGGAGUGGUCAUCAACAAUUUCAACCAACAAAGGAAAAAGUUAGGUGGAAAAGAUCUAUUUUUGACUGAGGAACAGAAAAAGUACUAUAAUGCCCUAAAAAAACUUGGAUCCAAGAAACCUCAAAAACCCAUCCCAAGACCAUCGAAUGCAUUCCUGGGAUUGCUGUUUGAUAUCGUAAUGCACAAAGCAUUUGACAUCAUCAUUCUGAUUUUCAUCUGCCUAAAUAUGGUUGUUAUGAUGGCAGAAAAUAACGAGGAAGGCACCAAGGAAGGCACCAAGGAAGUUCUUAAUAAAAUCAACUAUUUUUUUGUGGCUGUAUUUACGGCAGAAUGUGUCAUGAAAAUACUGGCCUUAAGGCAACAUUUCUUCAAAAGAAUCUGGAACUUAUUUGAUCUUAGUGUUGUGGUCCUUUCAAUAGUUAGUAUUGGAGUUUCUGAAGCCUUUGAAAAAUUCUUCUCUCCUACACUUUUGAGAACUAUUCGUUUGGUGCGAAUUGGCCGAAUCCUGAGAUUGGUUCGAAAAGCGAGAGGAAUUCAAACCCUUCUCUUUGCAUUACUGAUGUCUCUUCCUGCACUGGUCAACAUUGGCCUUUUGCUUUUCCUAAUUAUGUUCAUUUAUGCCAUUGUGGGCAUGGCAAACUUUGCCUGUCUUCCCUGGGAAGGUGGGAUUGAUAACAUUUUCAACUUUCAAACCUUUUCUGGAAGCAUUCUCUGUCUCUUCCAAAUUACAACAUCAGCUGGCUGGGAUAGUCUUCUGGCUCCUUUGUUAAGUGAAUCUGAUUCAUGUGCUCCAAGCUUAGUUUUAAAAGAGAAAGAUAAAAUUAAUUGCAAAAACAGAGCAUUUGGUAUUUUUUAUUUUGUAAGCUAUGUCAUUAUAUCAUUUCUCAUUGUUGUAAAUAUGUACAUAGCUGUCAUUUUAGAGAACUUCAAUGUUGCCACUGAAGAAAGCACAGAUCCUCUUUGUGAGGAUGACUUUGAUAUGUUUUAUGAGACCUGGGGAAAAUUUGAUCCUCUGGCAACACAGUUUAUUGACUAUUCUGCUCUUUCCGACUUUGCAGAUGCUCUGGCAGAACCCUUGCGCAUUCCAAAGCCCAACAACAUCCAGCUCAUAUCCAUGGACCUCCCUCUAGUGAGUGGAGAUAAGAUCCACUGCUUGGAUAUCUUGCUUGCUUUCAGUAAACGAGUCUUGGGAGAAUGUGGAGAUUUUGAUACACUUAAAUUACUCAUUGAAGAAAAAUUUGUGGCUGCCAAUCCAUCUAAAAGAUCUCACAGGCCAAUUUCUUCUACAUUUAAGAGAAAACAAGAGGAGGUAUCAGCAGUUAUUAUCCAAAGGGCCUUCAGGAGGUAUUUGAUACAGCGUUCUUUCAAAAAUACAACUUUCUUAUGCCAUCAUAGACAGAACAGUGCUGUCUUUGGAGAAGAAACGCAGAAGAAGCAAAGGCUUAUUGUAUCAAUGCUUAAUGAAAGUAGUGGCAGGAAGAUACAUA